AUGUCUGAACAGAUAACUCAACAACAACAUACUCGUCCUCCUCCUGUUGAGCAGGGCAGGCCAAACAACGAAUAUGUACCCCUAAUGCCAACUAGUGCUGCUACAAAGAAGAGGGCGGCACCUGCUCCAUCAUUCAGUCAAGCCAAGACUGAGACCUUUGACGAUGACACUGAGGAGACCACGACCAUCCUCUCCUCAUCUGACAUACCUACAAGCUCAAACAACAUCCCCAGCAACAGAGCACCAGUAGUACCCAACAACAAUGUCAGCAACAUCAACAACAUCGUCAGCAACAACAGUGUCAACAAGGGUCCAUCACCAUUCGCACAGUUUAUCUCAAGUUAUAGUUACCAAUCAGACAAAGAUGCACUUCUACAAUCAAAGGAUAGGAGUGUGUUCAAGGGACAGGACGAUGCGAUAAAGAAUGCAAAGCACGAUAGAGGAGGCCUUGGACAUGAGUUUGUACUGCCCAAGCCGUUCAAGCAACAGAAGCAUGAGUCAGAGAUGAGGGACUUCCCACACAAGAUGGAGCUCGAUUGGAUCAGGUCUGACUCUGGCAAGCUCGCUUUGAUGACGGUGGACAGACUGCGACAACAGCUAUUGAUUGGCAAGCCUGGUGAGCAGGCCAAGCGAGGUGAUUUCUGUUCACAAGAACUGAUCGAUGAGUUGGAGACUGAGAAGAACAAGCUCAACGAUCUUGACGAUCGUAUAUUCAGGAGGGCACGUACAAGAGCCAACCCAUACGAGCUGAUUAGAGGUGCCAUCUUCCAGAACAGAGCAGCAGUAAAGAUGGCCAAUCUAGACAUACUUGCAGACCUGACCAAGACUCCGUCGGGACAAACAAAGUUCCACUUUGCUGAUGUAUGCGCAGGACCUGGUGGAUUCACAGAGUAUGUACUGUACAGGACAGUUGGAAAGGGAAAGAAGCCGGACGAUCAGAAGAAUGUGGUGAAGGGAUUCGGCUUCACUCUAAAGGGCGAUUGCGACUGGCAAUUGGACAAGUUCUCGCCAGACUCUGGUCUGGACCUGCGCGACAAGAUCAACUUCCAGGUGAACUAUGGAGAGGACCAGACAGGUGACGUGCUCAAGAGUGCCAACAUCAGACACUUCUCGGCGCUGGUGGAGAAGGAGACGGGUGGCGGUGUGCACCUGUUCAUGGCCGAUGGUGGUGUCAGCACAGAGGGUGUGGAGCUUCAACAGGAGACACUACUAGGACAUCUGAUCCUCUGUCAGUUCCUCAUGAUGUUUGAGACAUUGGCCUAUGGUGGCAACUUUGUCUGCAAGAUCUUUGACACAUUCAAUCCUUUCACCGUGGGUCUGCUCUACUUUGUCUACCAGCACUUUGAAUCAUUCGCCAUCUGCAAGCCCUAUACCAGCAGACCAUUGAACUCUGAGAGAUACGUGAUUGCCAAGAACUUGUUGGUACGCAAGCCAGAGAUCAACUCUUACAUGUUUGAUAUCAAUGAUCGAUUGAACGCUGGAGAGAACAUCUUGAAGAUCGUGGACAUUGAUGACGAUAAGUUCAAGGAUUACAUCAUGGACAAGUCAAACAUACAAUGUUUGAACCAGAUUGAGGCAUUUGGAUUCCUCACCAAGGCCAUUGAAGAUCAGUACUAUUAUGUUUGCGAUCAGAAGGAUAUGGUCAAUAAGUGUCUGAGGGAAUGGGACAUUCCAAACAGACCGGACAACAUGCAUCAGAGACAAGGUGGUUAUAAUAAUAAUAGAGGUGGACGUGGUGGACACUACAACAACAACAGACAGAACUAUCAUCCACAAUAUCAACCUUAUGGCAACAACAACAACCAACAUCAACAAAGAGGUGGUGACAACAACAAUAGGCCACAUAACAACUAUAACAACAACAGAUCUCAUAACAACUAUAACAACAAUGGUGGUGGAGGUGGUGGUGGACAUUACAACCAACAGCAUCAACAACAACCUGGAUACGACGCAUCACUAAGGAAUGUCCAGUUACCAUCCAACUACCAACAGGGCCAUCAAGGAUCAUUCCCCCAGAACAGCAAUAGCAACAAUCCAAGUCCAGUGAGACAGCAAUCACAUCCAUACGCCAAGCCUCCAGGUAACUCGCCAGUCGGUGGUGGCACAAGGCCUCAUCAACAACAACAACAACAAAUGGUCAUGGGUCAGCAACACGCUCCAGACAGACAUUUUAACCAACAGUUUAAGCAAGCUCUUGACAACAAUGGAGGUGGAGGUGGUGGUGGACAUGUCGAUCACUUGGGUAGAGUGAUCCCACCUCCUACCGUCCAGCAUCAGCCACAGCCACAACAAUUGUUGCGCAAUCCGCAAAACAUUCAACCGCCACCACAACAACAACAACAAUUACCAAGUCAGCCCAAGCCAUCACAUUCCGCCCCUGAGUGGAUAUAG